AAAAUGGAUCAGUUGCUGGUUUUGCUGCUGGCAGCUACUUUUGUCGCAAACACUUUUGGUCUUUUACCUUCGGAAAUACAAGUAAAAACGCCUUAUGGAGAACUAAAAGGGGAGGAAAGAGAUCAUUAUUUAGCUUUUGAAGGAAUUCCGUACGCUGAACCUCCUGUUGGAGAUUUGCGAUUUGAACCGCCAGUACCUUUUAAGUCAAAUUGGAAAGGGGUUCGUGAUGCCUCAAAAAUCGGAAACGGUUGCUUACAAUGGAGCCAUUUCGUCUUGGACAAAGAUGAUAGAAUCGUUGGCGACGAGGAUUGCUUGUUCCUGAACAUUUACACUCCCAAAAACAUUAGUGUCGCCACAAAAAUUCCCGUUAUUGUUCAUAUUCACGGAGGCGCCUUCAUGUUCGGACAAGGCGAUAUUUACGGACCAAAAUUCGUAACAACUAGAGCUCUUAUUCACGUGAAUUUGAAUUAUCGCUUGGGACCAUUUGGUUACUUGUCAAGCAGUGAUGCACUGAUACCGGGCAAUAUGGGAAUGAAAGAUCAAGCAACCGCGUUGAAGUACAUUAAGGAAAAUAUCGCACUAUUUGGAGGUGAUCCAGAUAAAAUAACCAUUACGGGCUUUUCAGCUGGAGGUGCUUCCGUGCAUUUGCAUUACAUGAGCGAAUGGUCAAAGGGAUUGUUCAACAAUGGCAUCUCUCAUAGCGGAACAAGUUUGGAUUGUUGGGUAAUGCAACAUAAUACCGAUGAAAAAUUCGAUUUUGUGGUACAACGAACCGGAUGUCAAAACGAGGAUCGAAAGAAAAUUUUAGAAUGUUUGAAAAAAGCGCCUGCUAAUGACAUUGCACGACUCGUUGGAGAACUUCAACCGUAUCUCUACAAUCCGUAUAACGUUUUCGGGGUUGUACCUGAACCUGCAGCUCAAGAUGGGAUUCCUUUCAUCACCGACUAUCCGCGUAACAUUUUAAAUUCCGGAAACAUUCAAAAAGUUCCGUGGAUUAUCACGGAAACGAAGGACGAAGGGUUGUAUCCAGUAGCGGAAUUCAUCAGAAAACCCGAAUACCUUCCAUUUAUCGAUAAAAAUUGGGAUCUCGUAGCUCCAAAUUUGCUACAUUACAACCGUACAAUUCCAGAUGAGAAAAUGCAUGAAGUUAGCGAAUUGAUACGAAAACACUACAUGGGUGACGAUCCAAUUAACGAACAAACUUACAAAAGAUUCGUUGAUAUCUCAUCUAAUCGAUUAUUCCACAUUGGAGCUGACGAAGCUGUCAAAAUUCAAGGCAAAUAUAUGCCAGUGUACAUGUAUUAUUACACGUACAAAUUGAGUUUUGGCAUUGGAGAACUCUUUGCGGGAAAACGUUCGGAAUUAUUGGGUGUCUCGCAUGGCGAUGACGUUUUGUUAGCUGUAAGUGUUGAUCCUGCUGCUCAUGAAAUGCCAGAAGGAGAGUUGAGAAUGCAAGCCGCCAUCUUGGAUUUAUAUGAAAGUUACGCCAAUACGGGUGUGCCAAAGCUUGGAAAAUUUGCUCUUGUCCCUAGUGAAUCUGAGGAUAUGGUAAAAUACACUGAAAUUGCUGGACCAGAUGAUAUAAGCAUCAAAACGAAUGAUAAUUUUGGUGAUCACAAAUUCUGGGAAACGAUCCAAUUUUAUGAGCCUUAAUAAGUAAAUUUGAAGAAUAGUAGUUCAAAUAAAUUACCCCUUGAUUUAACAUGGUUAUGGAAAAAUUCAA